ACUCCUUUCAAAAAAAAGUUCCAAUUCAUUUUUGAAUAUAUGUAUAACAAGAUGACAACCCCAAAUAGAGUUAUCACUAUUAUCACUCUGGAAUUCAACCUGAUUCUAUUGUAUACUGGUGCUAUCCAAACAUGUACUGUUUAUAUACAACAGCCUUCCCUUCUAGAAGUUGACUACACUUGUGAAACAAUUACUAUACAAUGUGAUUUUUCUGUUAUCAACUGCCCUAAAUCGGACCCUAAAGUCCUAUGGUUUCGCCAAAAUGCUCACCACCAACCUGCGAAGUUGUGUCCAGAUCAAUGCCUAGACAAGGCCGGCAAAUUUACGAUAACUGAAUCACUGACCCAAAAUCAAGCUUCUCUCACCCUAAACACAGUAACUUUAAAUGACAGUGCAAUUUACUUCUGUGGAAUAGCAUUUUCAGAAUCAGAUGAACCAAGAUCUAAGCAAACAGGGCCAGGAACAAUACUGGUGGUGAGAGGGACUAGAUUGCUCAGCCAUGAAGUACAGAAUCUUCUGAUAGCCCUCUUAUCUCUGCUAUCCAUCUAUAUUGCUGCUCUAAGUAUGAUCUUCAUAGUCAUCUUCAAACAGUUAAAAUUGAAAAUGCCAAGGAAAACAGGAACUGAUGAAGCACCACCAAAGAAGAGGAGUGCUCGACAUAUUUUUCAGGAAAUUGCACAAGAAUUAUAUCACAAGAGAUAUGUGGAAACAAAACAACAAGAGAAAGAUGACAUCAUCUAUGAAAAUAGAAGAGCACAUUCCAACUUUUAAAGAUCAUAGAGGACUCUCUUACUUUUUAAAGCACUAGUUUUUCAAUGAAGCCACUGGAAAUUUUAUGCUAGAAGCUAUAUAUGCAGUAAGAACCUACAGUGAUUAGAGAUUUAGAAAUACUUACAAACCAACCAAAGUAAAAUUCAAAAAAGACGUCUUAGUAUUUAAAUAUACUUUGAAGAAGAAAAUUGUAACUAUUUAAAUAGUGAAAAAUAAAUAAA